CGUUACUGAGCCUGGCCCGACGCACGGGCCAAUCCCCUCGCCCUACACCUUGGCUGGAACCUGAGACGGAUUCGCUCCCAAAUGAUGCUCCAGUGGCAGGAGCAACUCAAGUUCAUCAUUGUCCUGAGAGAGAGGAGCAGCGCGGUUCUCGGCCGGGACAGCAGAACGCCAGGGGACCCUCACCUGGGCGCGCCGGGGCACGGGCUUUGAUUGUCCUGGGGUCGCGGAGACCCGCGCGCCUGCCCUGCACGCCGGGCGGCACCCUUUGCAGUCUCGUUGGCUGCUGCGAUCGGCCGGCGGGUCCCUGCCGAAGGCUCGGCUGCUUCUGUCCACCUCUUACACUUCUUCACUUAUCGGUGGAUCAUUUCGAGAGUCCGUCUUGUAAAUGUUUGGCACUUUGCUACUUUAUUGCUUCUUUCUGGCGACAGUUCCAGCACUCGCCGAGACCGGCCGAGAAAGGCAGCUGAGCCCGGAGAAGAGCGAAAUAUGGGGACCCGGGCUAAAAGCAGACGUCGUCCUUCCCGCCCGCUAUUUCUAUAUUCAGGCAGUGGAUACAUCAGGGAAUAAAUUCACAUCUUCUCCAGGCGAAAAGGUCUUCCAGGUGAAAGUCUCAGCACCAGAGGAGCAAUUCACUAGAGUUGGAGUCCAGGUUUUAGACCGAAAAGAUGGGUCCUUCAUAGUAAGAUACAGAAUGUAUGCAAGCUACAAAAAUCUGAAGGUGGAAGUUAAAUUCCAAGGGCAACAUGUGGCCAAAUCCCCAUAUAUUUUAAAAGGGCCGGUUUACCAUGAGAACUGUGACUGUCCUCUGCAAGAUAGUGCAGCCUGGCUACGGGAGAUGAACUGCCCUGAAACCAUUGCUCAGAUUCAGAGAGAUCUGGCACAUUUCCCUGCUGUGGAUCCAGAAAAGAUUGCAGUAGAAAUCCCAAAAAGAUUUGGACAGAGGCAGAGCCUAUGUCACUACACCUUAAAGGAUAACAAGGUUUAUAUCAAGACUCAUGGUGAACAUGUAGGUUUUAGAAUUUUCAUGGAUGCCAUACUACUUUCUUUGACUAGAAAGGUGAAGAUGCCAGAUGUGGAGUUCUUUGUUAAUUUGGGAGACUGGCCUUUGGAAAAAAAGAAAUCCAAUUCAAACAUCCAUCCAAUCUUUUCCUGGUGUGGCUCCACAGAUUCCAAGGAUAUCGUGAUGCCUACGUACGAUUUGACUGAUUCUGUUCUGGAAACCAUGGGCCGGGUAAGUCUGGAUAUGAUGUCCGUGCAAGCUAACACGGGUCCUCCCUGGGAAAGCAAAAAUUCCACUGCCGUCUGGAGAGGGCGAGACAGCCGCAAAGAGAGACUCGAGCUGGUUAAACUCAGUAGAAAACACCCGGAACUCAUAGACGCUGCUUUCACCAACUUUUUCUUCUUUAAACACGAUGAAAACCUGUAUGGUCCCAUUGUGAAACACAUUUCAUUUUUUGAUUUCUUCAAGCAUAAGUAUCAAAUAAAUAUCGAUGGCACUGUAGCAGCUUAUCGCCUGCCAUAUUUGCUAGUUGGUGACAGUGUUGUGCUGAAGCAGGACUCCAUCUACUAUGAACAUUUUUACAAUGAGCUGCAGCCCUGGAAACACUACAUUCCAGUUAAGAGCAACCUGAGCGAUCUGCUAGAAAAACUUAAAUGGGCGAAAGAUCACGAUGAAGAGGCCAAAAAGAUAGCAAAAGCAGGACAAGAAUUUGCAAGAAAUAAUCUCAUGGGCGAUGACAUAUUCUGUUAUUAUUUCAAACUUUUCCAGGAAUAUGCCAAUUUACAAGUGAGUGAGCCCCAAAUCCGAGAGGGCAUGAAAAGGGUAGAACCACAGACUGAGGACGACCUCUUCCCUUGUACUUGCCAUAGGAAAAAGACCAAAGAUGAACUCUGAUAUGCAAAAUAACUUCUAUUAGAAUAAUGGUGCUCUGAAGACUCUUCUUAACUAAAAAGAAGAAUUUUUUUAAGUAUUAAUUCCAUGGACAAUAUAAAAUCUGUGUGAUUGUUUGCAGUAUGAAGACACGUUUCUACUUAUGCAGUAUUCUCAUGACUGUACUUUAAAGUACAUUUUUAGAAUUUUAUAAUAAAACCACCUUUAUUUUAAAGGA